AUGAGCCGCGAUCACGGGUGUGCGGUCCUGUCUGCGAACCCGUAUUUCGAGCCGCUGCCUGUGGAGGAGGGGCGGCCGGUGCUGUACGCGACGGGCACGCGCAAGGACGUGCUGCCGAGCGGGCUGCAGACGGUCUUCUUUUGCAACGGCGACGUCAAGCAGACGGCGACUUCGCGGCGCGUCGUCUACUACCACGCAGAGGCAGAUACCACGCACGUCUCGGAGCCCGACGGCACGCAGCUCUACCACUUCCCGAACGGCCAGGUGGAGCGCCACUUUGCUGACGGCCUCAAGGAGAUUGUCUUUGCGGACGGCUCGCUCAAGGUCAUGCUGCCGAGCGGCGAGGUGCACGAGCAAGUGGGCGCGGCGGGGCCCCUCGGGGUCUGA